UCGUACAAAAAUCACACGUACACACACUGUUUUCUUCUAAGCAUUACAACAGAAUUUCAAACGAUCUCGAUCUCGAUCUCUCUCUCUCUCUCUCUCUCCUUGGCUUAUCGCUUUCAUGGCCUCCGUUCCUCUCCCCUCUCUCUGUUUCUCCCAUAUCCAAAAGCCCAAGUCUCUGAGUUUCAGCUUCCUCGCCUCCGAUAGCCUGAGGUUCGGUUCGUCCUCGUUCGAAUUCAAAACUUCGGGCAAGAAUAGCAGAAUUAGGGUUUCUGUCUGUAGAGCUGCCUCGGUUGUCUUCCACGAUCUCGACGCCGAUGAUUUCCGACAUCCUCUUGAUAAACAGAACACGUUGAUCCUGAGGGCGAUUCCAGGGUUGAAUGAGCUCGGAAAGGCUCUUCUUGGAACUGUUGCAGAGCAGGUCAUGGUUCUGGAGAACAUAGGGACAUCAGUUCUUGUUUCUGAAAAUCAGCUUUCUGGUCUUCAUGAAUUAAUGGUUGAGGCUGCUCAAAUAUUGAGCAUAGAAGCUCCUGAUCUGUAUGUCCGACAAAGCCCUGUGCCAAAUGCAUAUACUUUAGCGAUAGGCGGUAAAAGGCCCUUUGUUGUUGUUCAUACCAGCCUUGUGGAGCUUCUGACAAAGAAAGAAUUGCAGGCUGUUUUGGCUCAUGAAUUGGGCCAUCUGAAAUGCGACCAUGGUGUAUGGCUCACAUAUGCAAAUAUUCUUACCCUUGGGGCUUAUAGCGUACCUGGUCUUGGUGGACUGAUCGCUCAGAGUUUAGAAGAACAGUUGUUUCGCUGGCUCCGAGCAGCAGAGCUGACUUGUGAUCGUGCAGCCCUGCUUGUUGCUCAAGACCCUAAGGUGGUCAUCUCUGUUCUUAUGAAAUUAGCUGGGGGAUGCCCAUCCAUGGCUGAUCAACUGAAUGUGGAUGCAUUCUUGGAACAAGCCCGCUCUUAUGACAAAGCUUCUUCAAGCCCAGUUGGGUGGUAUAUAAGAAAUGCUCAAACAAGGCAACUUUCACAUCCUCUACCUGUUCUACGUGCGCGUGAGAUUGAUGAAUGGUCAAGAAGUCAAUAUUAUAGAUCUCUCUUGAAACGUGCCAUGCAGGUCAAUUCCGUACAAAAUGUUUAGCAUUGCCCAGAGAUGGAGUUCAAAAUCCAAAAUAGUGACAUGCACAGGAGGAGAAAAAUGAAAGAGAAAAAGGGCAGCUAUCACGAGGAUUUGUGGCUGCAAAUUCUUGGCUUAUCAAAUCGCGGCAAAUCUACAAAUGGAAGUACACUGUUGGUUUUGAGAAGGCUUUGCCAUAUACCAUACUGCUGUUGUAAAUUCAGAGGUACAUAUUUUUUCCUCCCCCACCCCCGGUGGUGGUUGGUUUUGUUGUUUUUUUUGGGGGGGGCAACUUCCUGACAGUUCCAUAAAUACUAGAAGUUAUAGUCCUGUUUGAAUGUUCUUUUUCAAGUGCUUGAAUGGGAAAUACCAUUAAUGCUUGUGACGGAUAA